GUCGGAUGUUGACAGACCCUCUGCUGAGCUGCCGCCUCUGCCGCUAUCACGUUUCCUCUUCCACAGCUUGCUAGAAGUUUCCUGACACUCCACAAACGCUGGCAACGCCAUGGCAACCGAACGAAGCUUCCCCGAUAGCUUCAUAGAUGAAGAUCCACAGAGAGCUCUGGAGGCACUGAAUGAGGCCUUGCAAGGAGAUUCUGUGAACGCUGAGUGGUUCUGCCAGCGUGCCUAUGCCCACAUACUGCUCAAAAACUACAGCUGUGCUGUUGAUGAUGCCAAAAAAGCCCAGCAGCUACAACCCAGCCUGCCUCUUGCUUUCCUGAGAACAGGAAUAGCAGAAUUCCACCUGAAUCACUAUGAGUCAGCCCAUGCAUCUUUCACUCAGGGACACCAACUGGACGUGUCUGACAAAUCAUUUGAGGUCUGGAUUAAACGGUGUGAGGAGAUGAUGGGUGAUCGGACACAGAUCAGCAGCAGCAAUAGGACACCUGCGGUCCCAUCUGUGAAACAUGACUGGUACCAAACAGAGUCUCAAGUCAUCGUCACCGUCAUGGUUAAAAAUGUUCCUAAGGAUGGUGUGUGUGCCAGCUUCACAGAAAAAGAGCUCUCUGCCUCAAUACAGUUGGCAUCAGGGGAGAGUCACAACCUCAGCUUCCAUCUCCUGCAUCCCAUCGUCCCCCAACAGAGCAGCUUCAAGAUCCUCAGCACAAAGGUGGAGUUCAAGAUGAAGAAGACAGAUGCCAUCAGAUGGGAGAAGCUGGAGGGAGAAGGACAGGAGUCCAGCAUCAAACACUUCAAUCCCAACCAGUACCCAACAUCAUCUCACUACACCCGUAAAUGGGACAAGAUGGUGGUGGACAUCAGCGAAGAGGAGAAAAAUGAGAAGCUGGAGGGAGAUGCAGCGCUCAACAAGCUCUUCCAGCAGAUCUACUGUGACGGCUCAGACGAGGUCAAACGGGCCAUGAACAAGUCAUUUACGGAGUCAGGUGGUACGGUCCUGAGCACCAACUGGACAGACGUGGGCACUAGAAAAGUGGAAGUUAGCCCACCUGACGAUGCAGAGUAUAAGAAGUACUGAGCACCUCCUGUCACCUCUGUCCUCUCUCUCCCCUUUCUUUCACUCUUCUCUUACUUUUCAUUUUUGUCCAUCUCAACUUCCUCCUUUUCCUCGCAGUCCCUAGACGUGCUGUAUCUCUGUUUUGAUUGUUUUUUUUUUUUCACAAAGUGCAGGGAGCCUCUGUGUUCCCACUUUUCACUCAUUGCCUACUCUCUGCAAUAACCAACAGCCAGACGGGGUCAAUUAAUUUAAAUAAUCUUCCUCUUCGACGGAUUCAGUUAAAAGCUCUUGGACUUGAAAAGAGAUUUGUGACUGACGGACACAGACUUAAUUUUUCCUUCCUCCCUUUAGCCUCGCCUUUCUCUUCUUGAGCAUUUUCUGACCUCUAUUAUCAGCACUUGUAAAAAAAACUGUAAAAUUGUUUAAAAUAAGAACCAAUGGAGAAGUUGAAAUGACACCUCUGAUUGGGUUUCUUGGCUCAUGCAGUCUUUUCUGUACACUCAGUAAAAAGUCAAAAGCAAUACUGACUUGUCUGGAGUGUGUGUGACACGUCAUCCAGGGGCUUAUUACCGCUCGUUCCCUCAGUGUGAUUCAAGCUUCAGUGUAAAUAAAAGAUUUGUUGU